AUGGCAACCCUCGUUCUCCGUGGCCUGGAAAGUAAGCCAAAACUAAAUGGACGGACUGUGCAGCUGGUGCAGUAUCAUCAUGAUCGUGGCCGAUGGGAGGUUGAGCUUGAGGGGGAACUGCCGCCCAGCGAUUUGUUCCAGAUUGAAUGGAGCGAUGAUUGGUGGGAGCCACUCGAUGGCGACAGCGAGUCCUUCAGGAUGCGAAAUGAACCAGGACCGACCUUCCACGAGGAGCUGGAGAAAAAGCUGACAAAGUUAAAGCUGCUGGAGUCGACAGCAAAAAUCUCGGUCGUCGACUGCAACGGCAAGAGCGUGUGCGUGUUCGACGCCGACGGCCAAGUGCUGCGCGAGCUGCGGCAAAAGCAUAUCCCUCGAAGAACCGACACUCCAAGUGAAGUUUGCCAAAGGAGUUUCCCGCUGCAGUUCCAAAGAAAGGCUCCAGAGGGAAGGACCUUGGCCGUCCGUCCGUCUUGCCUACGUUUGCGCGAGGACAGCAGCACGGGCAGCUUGAGGAAGAGGAAGGUCGAGAUGUCCGUCGGGGUCCUGCAUCGGAAGCCCGAGUUGGAUGGGCAACCUGGCACCCUGGGGCCUUUCCAGGUGCAUGCACACUGCUGGCAAGUACUGCCGGAUGCACGUAGCCUUUGGGACGUGAAGGUGGACGGCUCAGCAGCCCCCGUGCUGCUGGCGUCGGCACAAAUACGUGAUGAGGUCUCUGGCGACCCACUCACCGAUCCGGUGCACAUUCGCAUGUGGCAAAAAGCCCAACAAGAGCGAGCCCUGUAUGCCAGUGUAGCAUUUCAAAAGGGCCAGAUUAUCAUCGAGGACGAGCCAGUCAUAACUGGAGACAAGCUGGACAUGGUGAAACUGUUGCAGCAGUACAAGAAGCUGCCAUCCGGCGUGCAAGAGCAGGUGAACCAGCUGCGCCAGGGGCCAGACUUCUUGCAUCUUGGACCGAGUGUAAGCAAGCCCCUGAAGAAAGAGGAUCUCUUGAAAAACUCCCAAGACGCCGGCAUCCAAAGAAUGAUGGACACGUACUGGGCGCUGAUGAGGACGCCGCUGCUUUGGCUUUUGGCAUUUCCUGAAACUGAAGAGAACGUGGAUGAAGGCCUGACCAUUUGUCACGGCAAGAACGCAGCUUCGUUCUUCAGAUACCGCCUGGGCUUGGGCCUGCAUCGCAUCAGGAUAUGGGGUGGAAACAUUGUGUUCGCAUUUAUCCAAUCAGUUCAUGGGGGUUGCCGGCCGUGUUUUCGCAAGCCCAUGGAGCCCCUGAAGGCCGAACACAACAACAGCAGAUCCAACAUUUGCCGCUUGACUUUGCAAGUCAACCAGAAGGAUCCAGCUGAUUCUGGAUGGACUCGGCUAGACAAUGUUUGA